AUGAAUGACGACGAAGACGGUGGUGCAGUAAAUACGCCGCUCUUACCCUCUCAGCUUCCAGAUAUAGAUAAAGUAUAUUUACUUGUUGGGACAUGGAACAGAGAGGAUAAUGGCAUGUGGAUCUUCGAGACUGACCCAAGCUGUGGAGAGAAAUCUAUAAAUCUUCAAUCCGGUCUCUCUUUUGCUGUGCUAAUUAACAUUGUCAGAGGGACACUUCACCUCCUAUCGAGACACAUUACAGUCAAACUGGCGUAUCAGUAUCCAGAGUGGAUGGCCAUUGACGAUGGAGAUGGAUCGACGCCACAAUAUAUAACUGAUGAUCAGGAGGUUGAAGUGUUUGUCCAAAUGAGGCGCCACAUCGAGGAGGUUAACCUCUGCGUUACAGUCAAACGAGUUGAUGGAGAAAUGACCGGAGACAAUACCUCUCCAAUCUGUACUCAACUCCCACCAACUGUAACAGACUCUGAUGUCCGCAUUGUACCUGCCGCAACAGAGGAAGAUGACACCGAAGAUGAUUGGCAUGUUUUUGCAAUAUCAGAGACACCACUAACACGUCCAAACACUGCAGUAAACCCUUCUAAAGGCGGUGAUCAGGUUGUUCCGAACAUUGGCGGUGGAAAACGUGUGCCACAAGGGAAGAGACUACGCACAAACGGGAUUACAAUUCGAGAAGGAGGAGACACGAUCAGACUCCGCAGCCCCAUUUGUGAUCCUCGUGAUAAAGGGAAAGCCGUAGCCGAAGAUGUCGGAAGUGACACUGAUACUUCAGACGAUGACGCUAUCGUACCCGACUUGAAGAGGAUGAAGGGAAGGUCGCCUGUAAUAACAAGAAAUGGAGAAGUUGUGCGGCGUCAAUUAUUCCCCCAAACAGAGGUCCACACCGGAGAAAACUCAAGCGAGGCUCAUUCAGCUGCACAAUAUUCGGACAACGGAGAUGGAGAUGGAGGAGACAUGGAGCAAAGUACUUGGGGACGUUUCGAUGAAGCCCUACACCUCUUACUUACUGAUCUCAGCCCUGAUCCUGCAAUGUUCGGAAGGGAUGCUCCACCGGUUUUUGAAGUUUGGGAGGAUGAUCCUAUUGAAUCAGCGCUUGCAGAUGUCUCAUAUGAGGGGGACAAAAUCUUCGUGGGGAAAGUAUUUAAGUCUAUAACUGAUUGCAAACUGAAGCUCGCCAUUCAUGCCAUUAAUAGGAAGUUCCAUUUUCGUACCUCACGCUCUAGUCCGUCUUUUAUGGUGAUGAAGUGCAGCUGCCCAACUUGUGAAUGGCGUAUUUACUCACUCCUUAUGGAUGGAAGCGGCAACUUCCAGAUAAGGCAAGCCACGUUAACGCAUACGUGCACAGUUGAUGACCGCCGCAACUACCACAAGCUUGCAACAACCCAAGUCAUUGGGGAGAUAAUGCAGUCUAAGUUUGUUGGCAUAAAGAAGGGACCUAAUCCGAGUGGAGUAAGGAAGAUUCUGUUGGAUGACUAUCAUGUUAAUGUUUCGUAUUGGAAAGCGUGGCGCGCACGGGAGCUGGCAAUGGACAAUGCAAUGGGUUCAAGAGCUGGAAGCUAUGCCCUCCUCCCUGCGUACUUAUCGCAGCUGCAAAGAGCAAACCCUGGAAGCAUUUGCGUGCUUGAACAUGUGGCGGAGCCUGGUGGAGGCUCGCGGUUUAAGUACACUUUCAUUGCCUAUGGGGCAUCGAUUGCUGGAUAUCCUUUCAUGCGGAAAGUGAUUGUCGUCGAUGGCACUAGUUUGAAAGGCAAGUUUGGUGGUUGUCUACUAUCAGCUUGUGCUCAAGAUGCUAACUUUCAAAUCUUCCCACUAGCGUUUGCCGUCGUCGAUAGUGAGAAUGACUCCUCCUGGGAAUGGUAUCUGCGCAAAUUGAGCGCUUUUAUAGGUGAUUCGGUGGAUCUUGUGUUCAUUUCCGAUCGCCACGCUAGCAUCUUAUCAGCCAUAUCAAAGGUUUUCCCUUUAGCAAACCAUGGAGCAUGUACUGUUCACCUCUGGCGCAAUGUGAAGUCCCAUUUCAAGUCCAAAAGGCUUGCCAACCUUAUGUCAGCCGCUGCUAGAGCAUUUACUGUAUCAGAGUUCAACAAAGCGUUCUUACAUAUACAACGACUGAACCCAGGAUGUGCGGCAUAUUUGUUGGAUAUAGGCUUUCAACAUUGGACACGGGUUCACUUUCCAGGGAAACGUUUUAACAUAAUGGACUCCAACAUAGCUGAAUCAUGGAAUGCGGUCUUAAAGGAGGCGAGGGAGUUCCCUUUGAUUUGUAUGUUGGAGUACAUUCGAACUUCUGUCAUGAAUUGGUUUGCCAUACGGAGGGCAAAGUCAAACUUGCAUCAGGGUACAUUGACACCUAACGUCCGUAAGAUCAUUGAGAAAACGUUUGAAGACUCAACAUCUCUUGCUGUUAGGCCAAUAUGUCCGAUGGAAUUCCAAGUUCAAGAGCCAGAUGGUGACUGCUUCACUGUGAAAAUUCUGGAUGGAACAUGUACCUGCAUGCAGUUCCAGCAAUUGGGAUUGCCUUGUGCUCACGCCAUAGCUGCAGCUGCGACCAUCAACUUGCCUACAGACUCAAUGGUCUCCUGGGUAUUCUACGGUGAGAGUUGGACCCGUGGCUUCGACGGGAAAAUAUAUCCAGUUCCUUCGGUUGGUAGUAUGGAGAUUGGCGAUGAAAUAUCUGGGGAACUUAUGCCACCUGCUGUUCGCAGACCACCAGGGAGGCCUAAGAAGCUUCGCAUACUCUCACGUGGUGAAUUUAAGCAACAAACAGAGGCCGACGAUGCACACGCUGUCGUCGUGGAGGACAUAACAAAGCCUCCUGCCGGUUUGCAAUAUGAUGGUCGGUGCUCUGAUAGGGGCGUGUGGAAGGUGUUGCUUGGUACAAGUUUUUUUGGCAACAGGCUGAAUAAUGGGUUCCACAUCGAAGGAUGA